AUGGCUUGCUUACAUGGACCACGACUACUGAAUUUGGAGAAAACCCCUCCUCAUCUUCAAUUCAAUGACUUGAUCCUGACGGGCUACCGGCCAAUUUCAACCUUUCAGGGGUGCAUCAGAAGCUUGUUCUACUUUCACAACGAAUUUGGUAACAUUUAUACACAUGGAAUCCCAUUCUUCUGUUUCCUUGUGCUGCUGCCACUUAACAUACCCUGGUCCGAGGUAGAGCAAACGUGGAUGUGUGUGUUCCACUACCUUGCCUGCCUGUCCCCCACCGUGGGCUCAGUGCUUUACCACACCUUCAUGAACCAUGAGGGCGGGGAGUCCAUCUACGACACACUCCUUUCCCUUGAUAUGAUCGGAGUCUGCCUGGUCAACACCUUGGGAUGCCUGCCCAUCAUCUAUAUCACCCUUAUGUGCUACCCUGUCACUUGCAUCCUGGCCCUCCUGACCUACAGCCUAAUCUCAGCCUGGGGCAUCCUCUGUGCCACCACAGCGUGUAGCAACUAUGGGCGCCUUCGGGCUUUCAUCUGGCAGGCCCUCUUCCGUGUGUUCCUCUUCCUAUUCCGUUGGCUGGGCGACGGCGUAGGCAGCCCAGCUUCGCUGCGCCUCUUCUUCACCAUGGACAUGCUGGCUAUCACGGGUGGCCUGGUGAACCUUAGCCGGGUGCCCGAGCGUUUUAGCCCAGGCCUCUUUGACUACUGGUGCAACAGCCACCAGAUAAUGCACGUGCUGGUGAUCUGCUCCAUUAUCUACAUGCACUGGGGGAUGCUGGAGGAUUUAGCCUGGAUUAAGACGUUCCAGUGUCCGGUGUUGGAGUGA